AUGAAUGGGAAGAGUUAUGAGGUGUUGAGUGUCCACAUUGUGCGGAGAGACCUCAUUAUUCGUUGGAAGGAAGUGUCGGUGGCCACAUUCAAGGGGAACGAGUUCUUCUGCUACGACCUGUCGCUGACGCCCAUCCAGAGCAGCACGGACGAGAUCACGCUUUCCUUUCGCACGCUGCAGCGCAACGGCCUCAUGCUGCACACGGGCAAGUCGGCCGACUACGUCAACCUGUCGCUGAAGAGCGGCGCCGUCUGGUUGGUCAUCAACCUGGGCUCGGGCGCCUUCGAGGCGCUGGUGGAGCCCGUCAAUGGGAAGUUCAAUGACAACGCCUGGCACGAUGUGCGCGUCACCCGCAACCUGCGCCAGCACGCAGGCAUUGGACACGCUAUGGUGACCAUAUCAGUGGAUGGUAUUUUGACCACUACUGGUUAUACCCAGGAGGACUAUACCAUGUUGGGCUCAGAUGACUUCUUCUACAUAGGGGGGAGUCCCAAUACUGCAGACCUGCCCGGAUCACCCGUCAGCAACAACUUCAUGGGCUGCCUCAAAGACGUGGUGUACAAGAAUAACGACUUCAAGCUAGAACUCUCCCGGCUAGCCAUCGAGCGGGACCCUAAAAUCAGCCUGAACGGAGAUCUUGUUUUCCGCUGUGAGGAUGUGGCCGCCCUGGACCCCGUCACCUUUGAGUCCCCAGAGUCCUUCAUCGCCCUGCCCAAGUGGAACACCAAGAAAACAGGCUCCAUCUCCUUCGACUUCCGCACCACAGAACCCAGCGGCCUGCUCCUGUUUAGCCACGGGCGCACCCAGGGUCCUAAAGAGCAGAAACCAGGUAGGGACAUGAAGUCAGACUACUUUGCCAUGGAGCUGUUGGAUGGGUUUCUCUACCUGCUAAUGGACAUGGGAUCUGGGAGUAUCAAGCUGAAGACCAGUAAUAAGAAGGUGAACGACGGGGAGUGGUGCCAUGUGGACUUCCAGAGGGAAGGGAGGAAAGGGUCCAUCUCGGUGAACAGCCGCAGUAUCCCCUUCAACUCCAACGAGGGCAGUGAGAUCCUGGACCUGGACAGCGACAUGUUCCUGGGGGGUCUCCCCGAGACCCGCUCUGACCUGGUGCUGCCCCCCGAGGUCUGGACCGCCYUGCUCAAYUACGGCUACGUGGGCUGCGUCCGYGACCUCUUCAUCGACGGCAAGAGCCGCGACGUGCGCCGCCUGGCCGAGAUCCAGAGCUCCCCGGGCGUUAGCAGCUUCUGCACCCGCGAGCUGCAGAAGAGGUGUAGCAGCACCCCCUGUGGGAACGGAGGCCUGUGUAAAGAGGGAUGGAACCGCUACAUCUGCGACUGCACCGGCACCGGCUACCUGGGCAGCAACUGUGAAAUCGAGGCGACGGUGCUGAGCUACGACAGCAGCAUGUACCUGAAGAUCCUCAUCCCGGGCACCAUGCACACCGAGGCGGAGGACGUGGCGCUGCGGUUCAUGUCCCAACGGGCCUACGGCCUCCUCAUGGCCACCACCUCCAAAGAGUCCGCCGACACCCUGCGGCUAGAGCUGGACGGUGGCAGGAUCAAGCUGACCGUCAACCUAGAUUGUAUCAGGAUAGACUGUAACCUCAGUAAAGGACCCGAGACGGUCUUCGCCGGACAGAAGCUCAACGACAACGAGUGGCACACGGUGAAAGUGGUGCGCAGAGGAAAGAACCUCCAGCUCUCUGUGGACAAUGUGACGGUAGAAGGCCAGAUGACAGGCGCCCACACCCGUCUGGAGUUCCACAACAUUGAGACGGGCAUCAUGACCGAGCGCCGCUUCAUCUCCGUGGUGCCCUCCAACUUCAUCGGUCACCUCCAGGGCCUGACGGUCAACGGCGUGCCCUACCUGGACCAGUGCAAGAACGGCGACAUCUCCUACUGUGAACUCAACGCCCGCUUCGGCAUGCGCCACAUCAUCGCCGAUCCGGUGACGUUUCGAACGAAAGCGAGCUACCUGGCGUUGGCUACUUUGCAGGCCUACGCCUCCAUGCACCUCUUCUUCCAGUUUAAGACCACCACGUCGGACGGCCUGCUGCUCUUCAACUCGGGGGACGGCAGCGACUUCAUCGUCGUGGAGCUGGUCAAAGGCUACGUCCAUUACGUCUUUGACCUUGGUAACGGCCCGUCGCUGAUGAAGGGUAACUCGGACAAGCCGCUCAACGACAACCAGUGGCACAACGUGGUGGUCUCCCGGGACGCCAACAACGUGCACACGCUCAAGAUCGACUCACGCACCGUCACCCAGCACUCCAAUGGAGCCCGCAACCUGGAUCUCAAAGGGGAGCUGUACAUCGGUGGCGUGGGGAAGAGCAUGUACAACAGUCUGCCCAAGCUGAUCGCGUCCCGGGACGGGUACCAGGGCUGCCUGGCCUCAGUGGACCUCAACGGGAAACUACCAGACCUGAUCGCGGACGCCCUCCACAGGAUGGGCCAGGUGGAGCGAGGCUGCGACGGACCUAGCACCACCUGUACGGAGGACUCCUGCUACAAUCAGGGGGUGUGUCUCCAGCAGUGGGAGGGCUUCUCCUGCGACUGCACCAUGACGUCCUAUGGAGGCUCCUUCUGUAGCGACCCUGGGACAACCUACAUCUUCGGGAGAGGAGGAGCCCUCAUCACGUACACCUGGCCCCCCAACGACCGGCCGAGCACGCGGGCAGACCGGCUGGCGGUGGGCUUCAGCACGCAGCUCAAGGAGGCCGUGCUGCUCAGGGUGGAGAGUGCCAAGGGACUGGGAGACUACCUGGAGCUGCACAUAGCUACAUGUGACUCUCCCAUCAUGGCUACAUGUGACUCCCCCAUCAUGCUACAUGUGACUCCCCCCAUCAGGCUACAUGUGACUCCCCCCAUCAUGGCUACAUAUAUUAACCUGCUGCCCUCUGUCUUUUCCAAAUUCUCUAAAGGGAACUUUGAUAAUGAGCGCCUGGCUAUUGCUAGACAAAGAAUCCCAUACCGGCUUGGUCGGGUAGUUGACGAGUGGCUACUCGACAAAGGUCGACAGUUGACCAUCUUCAACAGCCAGGCGUUCAUCAAGAUCGGCGGUGGUGGCGGCGACAAGGCCCGUCACUUCCAGGGCCAGAUCUCGGGCCUCUACUACAACGGGCUGCAGGUGCUCAAGCUGGCGGCCGAGGGCGACCCCAAUGUGCAGGCCCAGGGCAACCUGCGGCUGGUGGGCGACGUGCCCUCGGUGCUCACCACAGACACCACCAGCACCACGCCGCUGGCCGACAUGUCCACCACCAUCAUGGAGACAACCACCACGAUGGCUACCACUACCACCCGCAAGCAGCGCUCACCCACCAUGAGAGACAGUGUCACACAGAACACGGAUGACAUAUUGGUAGCGUCUGCUGAGUGUCCCAGCGAUGACGAGGACUUGGAGGAGUGUGAGCCUGGAAAUGGAGGUGAAUUAGUGUUGCCCAUUAUAACUGUGGACUCCCUAGACCCCCCCUACGCCACCCGCUACCCCGUAAUCCCCCCGCCCCCCACCUACCGGCCCCUCCUACCCUUCCUUGAAACUACCAAAGAGUCCCUCCCCCUGCCCAACGGUCGCCCCCCCUGCCCACUGGACCAGGAGGACUGCGAGGAGGCGGGACCCAUCGAGGUGUCCGCCUACGGCUCGGGUGAGAUGACCGAGUCGGACGACGAGGACUAUUACAAAAACUCCCCCCUCGUCACCGACAGGACGGUCCUCCCCCCUCCCCCCAACGAGGGUGGCAUCCAUAACCCCCACGACCGUCACUUCUCCCACCGGCCCCCCAACUCCCACCGCCCCCCUCUGUCCUCCACCCCCACAGCCAACCCCAACCAGCUAGGCCCCAGGCUCAACAAGCCCGGCGGCAGCAGCAGCAAAAACCCCGCUGGCAAGAUGAACACCCGGGAUCAGGUGCUGCUGCCGCCCGCCCACCCCUCCUCCGACCCUGACCGCCACCGCCACGUCCCGGGCGUAACCUACCCUCCCAAUUUCCCCCAUGUGCCCACCCCAGACCCCACAUCCCCGGAGAGAGGAGGGCCUCCCGGCGCGGUAGAGGUGAUUAGGGAGUCCACCAGCACCACGGGCAUGGUGGUGGGCAUCGUGGCGGCCGCCGCCCUCUGCAUCCUCAUCCUGCUCUACGCCAUGUACAAGUACCGUAACCGGGACGAGGGCUCCUACCAGGUGGACCAGAGCCGUAACUACAUCAGUAACUCGGCCACGCAGAGCAACGGCACACUGGUGAAGGAGAAGCAGCCAGGCACAGCCAAGACAACCAUCAAGAACAAGAAGAACAAAGACAAGGAGUACUAUGUCUGAGACCGGCCUAGCCAGACACAGAGGACGAAAGGAGACGCACAGAGAGAGGGAGGGGCGGAGAGGAGGAGAGAGGGAAGAGUUGAAGGUAUAGGUUGGAGAGAGGCACUAGAUGAACUGACAACUGUAGAGUAAUGAGUCAAAUCUUUGUUGGCAGAGUUUUAUUUUGUUUAGUAUAGAGGUAACCUUACUGACAAAAUGACCUCCUAGCUUUCCUUCUCAACCCAUAUAGAGCCUAAAGCAGAGAGAUAAAAGAUGAGAUUAGAAAAGCAACAUAUUUCAUUAGAUCUACACAUACUCCUUUUUAACUACAGUUAUUACAAAAAGCGUGUGGUAUUUUUCUCCAUUACAGUAAUAUUCUUUCUCACAUGGCCGUAUAACCUUCUUUUUUUUUAAACACAGAGAGACAAAGUCUUGGCUACAACAAAUGGCUGCCAAACCUCGCUCAAUGCAACAUAAUUUUGUGCCAAUCGCCAGACCCAGAGCUCAUGCUACAAUGGAGCCAGCUAAUCCAGCAGCGUUUUAAAGGGUAUUGUAUUGUAUAUAGCCUCCAAUCAGAGUUAAGCAUGGGGCUACAGAGAGACACAGAGAAGGAAGAACCACCAUCAGAAUUAGAGCAGAGGCCUGUUGUUUGGUAUCAGAUGCUAUGUAGCGGGUCAAAACAGUCAACAAGCUAACGGAUUCAAUCGUAAAUGGGUUGAUUCUAUCUAAAUAGAUGGGUUUGUAUUGGAAGUUGAAACUUCACUGCUAGCCAAGUAUGAUUACACAAAAUGACUGCCAAUAUACAGAAACUAGGUGUCAAAUCUGCCUUCUUCCCUCCUCCAAGUAUUGAAACAUCACCUCGCUCCUCUCGUAAAGUCUCUCUCGUUCUCUCCCCCUCCCCUUCUCUUUCACUCGUGCGCUCUCUUUCUCUCCAUGUCUGCGGUCCCGAGGAACUGAUGCGACAUUAUUCUGCUGUAUUUCAAGCAUGUAGUAUUAAUUUACAAAAAAGAGAUGACUAUUUCUGUGGAGAAAAAAAAAAUGAUGACGCUGAUUGAUAACGUUUAACUAGCGCGUGAGAACAACAAAAACUCCAACCAACCAACGGAUGCUACUUAUUACGUUUUAGCUGCAAAACCAACUUCUGAGGCCAAAACCCUGGGUCGUCUUUCAGUUUUCCAACAGAUAGGCUAUCCGUCAUGUGUUUUCUUCUGGGCUCCACACAGCAUUUCCCCCUACUGAGCCCACUAAUGCGGAGGAAGCAGCUCACGUCGUUACUAUCAAACACAGACCAGAAACCAACCUCCAGCAGACAAACUGACUUUGUUCUAAAUAAAUAUAUAUAUGUAUAGAAGUUUCAGAGAAAAAAAACCAAUGGACCUAACUGAGAGCAUAAGAGGAGAAAUGUACCCGAAUGCGUGUGUAUCAGUGGACUGGGUGAUAAAUAACGAAUUUGAUGGACUAUUGCUACUUUGACAUGAGACGAUUCCCCCCCCCCCCCCCCCGCCCCACCAAUCAUACAUACUAUGACCAACAUUCAACGACAGUGGGAAACGCAGGUUUCUUUCCCUCAAAAAAUGCGAGACAUUUGAUGGAAAUGUGAAUUCAUUUGCUGGAGUCCCACUGUCGCCCCCUAGUUUUGGGGGAAAGCGUACGUUACCUUGGAUCUGCGUUCUUGCCUCUCAUUGGUCAAGACUGAUGACAGCCAAUGAGGGCAAGUCUAGUGAAAAACAUUCAAUGAGAAAAAGAAUGACAGGACAAGGCGAACAGCAGAUGGACAAGAACUCUACUAGUCCAAUUUUCUCAACUAUUAAAAAAGAAAACUGUACCAUGAAAAGAAAAGAAAACCCAAAAAAAAAAGUUUGUGCAAUGUCUAAAUAUUUGAAUCUCUCAUCCAUUACUAAGAAAAUAUGUGUUUUCCCUUCCUGUUUAGAGAAAAAUGAUGACAAAGAUAAUUGAUUCUGGGAAAUUGGAAAUUGAUAUAUAAUUGGUAAUUGAGCAAAUGUGAUUUGGGUUACAAACAAAAACCGUGUUUUCUCCUUGUCAGUAGGGAGACAAGAUACUUUCCUCUCCAUCACUGCUGCCACCUCACCUCUGUUUCUUUCCUAAAUCAAUCCCCCCAUCUUCAUCCCCUUACUCACAAUGGCAGAUUGUAUGUAACCAUUCAUUAACUGAAGACCGAACUGGGUCUUAUCCAUCUUCUAUUUUCUAUUGUUUUAUAUCUAUCUCUAUAACUGCUAGAGUCAAAACGGCUGCCAAGUCUGGGAGACUGGCUCCAUCCAUCCUUCUUCCUCAUCCAGUUUGUCCGGUUUAUGUUCCUCUCCAUCCUCCUCCUCCAGUAUCUUCCUGUUCUUUCUAAAUGUUAUUGUUAAAGUGUUCCAGUGAGAUGACUCUAAAUAUGUGUACAUUAACA